GCGGCUGAGGUUGAUCUCUCACGAUUCCUUUUGAUUCUUUGCUUUGAUUUGCUCAGCGUUUCUUCUCUUCCUUUCGAAAUCUCACGGGCUACUACUGACCGUCGAUUUCUCUUAGAGAGAGAAACGGAAAGCAAACAAGGAACGAACGCUUCGUCUUCUAUUUUUAGAGAGAGAGAGAGAGAGAGAGAGCGAAUGAAAAAUGGAGAAACCCACCGAUGAGGUCAAGAGUACCAAAUCUAUGUCCUCUAAUCCUGAAAACCCUAAUCCACCUGAGCGACACACCAAAACCAGAGAAGAAGACGAGCUCUCUUCCUCCACAGACAGCGACGAAAAUCCUGUUUGCUUGGCUACACAGUCUGCUGGAUCAGUUAACCCACUUGCACCUGCAGGGUCUGCUCCUGUUCCUACAUUGAGCAAAUUCACUGAAGGCAUUCAGGCUAGGAAGGCUAGUUCUGGCGCAAAUCCUGCCAAUUCUGUUGAUGUUCAGUCUCAUACAUCCGUACAACCAAAUAAUGACAAGGGCUUCGAGAAGAAUCGGGUGCCAUUUAAAUUGGCUAAUCCUGGAUGGCGUGGGCCUCAGGGUGCCAAUACUAACCUUGUGAUAAGUUUCUCAGAUGAUGACACAGGAAGUGAAUCAGAAGAUCACACAGCAGAAAAGGCUUUAGAAAUUAAACGGAACACGGCUGGGGUGGAUGGGAAUCGAAGGCUCCCUUCUCUCGCAUCUGAACAAUCAAGUAAAUUACAACAGAUUGCCAGAAAUGUAAACAAAGUAAUGCCCAAAAAAUUCUCUCUUAGUCGCACAUUUAUCUCACCAACAACAAAUAUUAAUGGUGGAGCACAUUCCAGAAGUUCUGCACCCUCAUCAAUUGAUCAGGGAUCUCGAGUUAAAAAUUUUACUAUGCAGAAAAAAUUUACAAGCCCAGAACAUAGUUUUGAUCAAGGCGUGGGUUUGAACAACACCAAACUUCAGGACUUGAGGCAGCAGAUUGCACUUCGAGAAAGAGAACUGAAGCUUAAAGCUGCUCAUCAGAAUAAAGAAUCUGCUUCAGUUUCAGGCAGGGACUACACUAUUGUGAACCUAGUUGCUGACUCAGUCAGGAAAUCUGAUGCAAUCUCUGCUGAUGUUAGACAAGUGGAUUCAGAUAGGAAGCGCUUGAAAGUCAGUGGGUCUUAUUCUACCCAAUUAGCGUCAGACAAGAGACAAGAAAUAAUUGCGGUGAAAUCUGUUAUGCCAUUGAAAGAGCAGGCAUUAGAGAACAGUGCUUUGCAGGACAAGAAUAUGGUUGAUCAUGGCCAAAAAGGAAGUCCCUCAAUAAGGGCAGAGUCAAGUGUUGUUAAAUGGCAAAAACAAGAUGAUAAGCAGGCGGAUAUUUCAUCAGGGAAUCUACCUGGGGCUAACAUCAAUCAUAAUUGUCCUCAGACUGACAGGAGCACUGUGCAGGUUGAUCCCUGUGUCUUGUUGAACCAAACAGCAACUAUGACAAACAUGAAGUCAAGUGUGUUGCAAAAGAAUAUAAACAGUAUUGAGUUGAAUCGUCAUGUUAAUAUUGGUGUACAUCAGCCACCUUGUUCUGUCUUAAAGACAUCAAGUAAUGAGCAGCAUUUAAUGAAUGGUUGUGAGUAUCGUGGAGGUGUAUCCAAUGACAGGACAGUGGAAUCAUCACUGAACAAUAUUUCUCAGGCAUCUUUGAACGAUAUAGGUCUUUGGAAUUAUUUAGGUGCUCCUAAUGGCUCAGAAAACAACAACGUAGAUAUGCAUUCGUUGGUUGAAAUGGAGGAAUCAUUGGACAAGGAGCUGGAAGAAGCACAAGAGCAUAGGCGCAUGUGUGAAAUUGAAGAAAGAAAUGCUCUUAAAGUGUAUCGAAAAGCCCAGAGGGCUUUGGUUGAGGCUAAUGCUAGAUGUACUGAACUUUAUCAUAAAAGGGAACUAUACUCAGCUCAAUUUCGAUCUUUUGUUUUGAAUGAUUCCAGUUUGUUAUGGUCAACAAGGAAGCAUGAACAUGUUGGAAUUGGUUUGAACCAUAUGGACAACAUGUCUAGAAAUCUAGAACUAAUUCCACCAUCAAGCCAUUUUCGGAGGCCCCAAUAUGAUGGGCUUAACCAACCAGGGUAUGAUUCAGACAUCCAAUGCGCUAAUGGUGCCCCCUUGAAGAUGUCAUAUAGGCAUGUCAAUGGACAGAAUUUGGGUUCUGAACCAUGCAGUGAACCAGAUGGAAGUACAUCAGAGCCUCUGCAUCUUAACAGGGAAAAUGCUGCAAAUGUAGUAAGCUCUCCAUCAAAUGAUCCUAAUAUUUCAGCAGAUGAAGAUGAGGAGACAUCUCCAUUAGAUCAUGUAACUGCACAGCCCACUUCCAAUGAGCAAAGAGAACAAAAUUCCUUAGGAAGGCAAAAAAACACUAGUAAUCAUUCAAACAAAAAUUUCUCUGCUGAUGGCUCUCAGGAUUCUCUAACUCUUGAGGCAACUUUAAGGUCUGAAUUAUUUGCGCGGCUAGGAAGGAGAGUGUUCCCAAAGAAUAAUGGUUUAUCCAACCUUGGGUCUGCAGAAGAGCUGGGGACUGAAAAUGAUAAUGGAAGUGAAAGAACCCAGACAAGCAAUGGCAGCAUUCCCUUGUCGGAAGCAGAAAGAAAUCAAGAAUUUAAUCUUGGAGGUAAUGAUCUGCCUGAGAGAGAGGUUUUUGGGGCUACUGUUCAAAUCCAGGGUCACAAAAAGAAAGAGAAUGAAUAUUCUGUCAGAGGUCAUAAGUCAGCAGCUGUCUUAUUUUCACCUACUUCGAUUUUAAGGAGUGCACUUGGUCAUAUGAAAGUUGAGUCUCAAUUCAAUUCAUUGGUUUUACAAAGUAGGAAAAAUCAACAAGGUGACACCUGUGAUGUUUACAAUGUUGCUGGUGGUUGCAUCAAUUCUGGGGAGUUGAAGCAAAGCCUUCUUUUAGCAAAACCACUGAAGCAGAGUUUUGGGAAUACAUUUGAAAAUGGAGUUGGCUCUUUUACUUGUGAUCUUGCAGUUGAUCCAUUUUGGCCACUAUGCAUGUACGAGCUCCGUGGGAAAUGCAAUAACGAUCAAUGUCCUUGGCAGCACGUGAGGGACUUCUCCAAUGAGAAUGUGGGCCAGCAUGAGCAUGAUGAUUCUGAUAUUGCUGGAUGUCUGGUUGGAUUGGCAUUACAGAAAAGGAAAUGUAAUCGUGCAACAGAACUUCCCAAGUGUCACAGUGCUUUGACUCCCCCAACUUAUCUGGUUGGCUUAGAUGUUUUGAAAGCUGAUCCACAUUCAUACGAGUCUGUUGUUGCACGGAGAUAUGGACAAUGCUGGCAAAAAUCCUUCAGUAUCUGCUUAGCUUUAUCAAAUUUAAUUCAAAAAGAUUUGCUGGCUGAUGAGACGUUUUUGCACGGCAGUGAUGGUCGUAUUGAGGUUAAUGGCAGUUGGGACAAGCAAUCAUCAUUCUUUCAGAGUAGAAACAGCAUAGUGAAUCAUCUGAACCAAAUGCUACCUGGUGACAUGCUAUCCCUUGAGAAGGCCCUCCUUAUUCUUAGUCAGGAGGUUAAUAAACUAGAGGGUAUGAAAAAGGCUCUUUCUAUACUUUCACGAGCUAUUGAGGCUGAUCCAAAAUCAGAAAUUCUGUGGAUAACUUACUUGCUUAUUUACUAUGGCAACUACAAAUCCAUUGAGGAGGACAUGCUCUCCUAUGCGGUCAAACACAAUGACAGGUCCUAUGGACUUUGGCUCAUGUAUAUCAACAGUCGUAUGCAUCUUGAUGACCGUUUAGCUGCAUAUAAUGCUGCCCUCACAGCACUCUGCCGCCACAUAUCUGCUUGUGAAAGGGAUGAAAUGUAUGCCAGCGCAUGCAUCUUAGAUGUGUUUUUGCAGAUGAUGAAUUGCUUAUGUAUGUCUGGAAAUGUUGAGAAGGCAAUUCAGAAGAUCUGUGAACUCUUUCCUGUGGCUUCUAAUUCGGAUCAGCAAUCUCAUUCUCUGUUACUAUCUGAUAUCCUUGCAUGCUUAACAAUAUCUGACAAGUAUAUGUUCUGGGUUUGUUGUGUGUACUUGGUUAUUUACAGGAAGUUGCCAGAGGCUGUUGUACAAAAAUUUGAGUGUGACAAAGGACUCCUUGCAAUUGAGUGGCCUCAUGCUCACUUGCUGGAUGAGGAGAAGAUGAGGGCCAUUAAACUGGUAGAAAUGGCAGUGGAUUCUGUUAAAUUGUCCGGUGAUGCUGAAUCACUUGCAAGUGAGGCUGAUAUUAGAUCGGCACGACAUUUUGGUCUCUGCCAUAUUAGAUGUGUGGCGGCACUUGAUGGCUUAGAAUCCUGUGGUAAUUUGUUGGAAGAAUAUCUGAAAUUGUACCCGUACAGCUUAGAAUUUCUUCUUAUAUCAGCAAGGAUUUGGAUGAAUGAAUUUGAUAGUUUUAAGGGGUUUGAGGAAGCCCUUGGGAAGUGGCCUAAGGAAACGCCUGGAAUUCAUUGCAUUUGGAAUCAAUAUAUUGAAUGUGCCCUCCAAAAGGGAGAUGUUGGAUUUGUAAAAGAACUUCUUGGCCGUUGGUUCAACUCCUUUUCAGUUCAGUAUCAUCAACCAGAAAAGCUGGAUAAUCUAUGUACAAAUAGCUCAGAUGGGUUAAUAAGAUUGGCUUCAGCAUCCAAUCCAGAUUUUUUGACAUCCAAUGCUAACCAGAUGGAUGUGACAUUUGGAUAUCUUAAUUUCUCUCUUGCUAAAUUGUUGCUUAAUGAUCAUAGUGGGGCCCGCGACGCCAUUGAUAAAGCAUUUAAGGCUGCAGCUCCACCAAUUUUCAACCAUUGCUUGAGAGAACAUGCCACUUUUUUGCUUAACUAUGAAUUACAGGCGAAGGAGGAUGCUUUUGUUAGUGAGCAACUGAAUGUAUUGAAGGGUUAUGCAGACGAUGCUCGGGCUCUUGUUUCUGAGCCUUUAUCCAGACGAUUCAUGAAUGAAAUUGAAAAGCCAAGAGUUCGGCAGCUAAUUAGUAACAUAUUGAGUCCAGUUUCGUCUGAUUUCUCUCUAGUUAACAUAGUUCUUGAAGUUUGGUAUGGGCCAUCUCUUUUGCCCCUAACAUUUACCCAGCCAAAGGAACUGGUUGAUUUCAUAGAAGCCAUAUUGGAGAUUGUGCCGUCUAACUAUCAAUUAGCAUUUUCUGCUUGUAAGUUGUUGAGCAGAGGUGAGCAUUUUAGUAAACUCGCAUCUGGCAGUAUGUUAUAUUGGGCAAGCUCAACCUUGGUCAAUGCAAUCUUUCGUGCUAUCCCAAUAGCACCAGAGUAUGCUUGGGUUGAUGCUGCUGGUGUUUUGGAUGGAAUUGAGGGUGUCGAGUCGAUUACUGAGAGAUUUUACAAGAAAACUUUAUCCGUUUAUCCAUUAUCCAUUAAGCUGUGGAAUUGCUAUUAUAACUUAUACAAGAACAGAGGAGAUGCUAUAUCCAUAGUAGAAGCUGCAAGAGAAAAAGGUAUUGAACUUGAAUUUUCUGAAAGAUAAAGAGUGAGGUCGGUAGAACGCUCUUCUGCCCGAAUUAUGUCCGAGGCUUGUUGAUAGCAGGGAAGGCCUCAGUCUAAAAUAGAUGAUGCAUUGGAUUUGCUAAAUUCUUGGCUGAGUUGGAUAUUAAGAGAGCAAUUAAACAUUAAGAUGUUUUUGAGAUUGAAACUAGGUACUACAGAAAUUCACAGUAUAGGAACAAUGACAGAGCAGGUUUCAGCUUUUCUUAGGUGAAGUGGGUUGCUUAAGGUGAGAUUUUGCCCCUUUGUUGCAGCCGCAUCAUUUGGUGACUAUAUUUGUUACAGUACUUCUCAUUUUAUUAUUAUUUUUUAAACAAAUUGUAAUUACAGAAAUUUUGUAGCAUAAAACUAAUUGUUAUAGUUGAAAUGAAUACAAGUUGCGUCAAGUUUCUGCUCGCUUCCUCA